AUGGAAGAAGACAGAAAGAAGCUGCAGACUUUGUCUGAGGCUCUGCAAAGGUUUCAAGAUGAUCUCCAAUCCGCCAUAGACGCACGCCAGAAACUCGAAGCCCAACAACAGGAGAACAAGUCGGUCCAAAAGGAAUUCAACUCACUUGCUGAAGAUGCCGGAAUCUAUAAACUUGUUGGACCGGUACUAUUGAAACAGGAUAAGACCGAAGCCACAUCUGCGGUUGAUGGACGUCUCGAGUUUAUUGGCAAAGAAAUCACCAGGACAGAGACUAGGAUCAAAGACCUGCAGGAAAAUUCCGAGAAGAAGAGGAUGGAGCUGAUGCAACUGCAACAAAAACUACAACUGGCUACUCAAGAACAAGGAGGUGGUUGA